GGCGAGGCGAGGGGCCGGACCCGGCGGCGGAGGAGGCCGUUUAAAGUGGUGGCGCUUGCGGGGCGUGAGGGGAAUGGCGGAGCCGGCGGAGUACCCCCCUUUCCAGCUGGGGAAGCCCCGCUUCGAGCAGACUUCAUUUUAUGGCCGAUUCAGGCACUUCUUGGACAUCGUUGACCCCCGCACUCUUUUUGUUACUGAGAGUCGUCUUAAAGAAGCCGUGCAGUUGCUGGAGGAUUAUAAACAUGGGACUUUGCCCCCUGGAGUCACCAACAAAGAGCUUUGGGGAGCUCAAAAAAUAAAGCAGGCCAUCAUACAUCCUGAUACUAAUGAGAAGAUCUUCAUGCCUUUCAGAAUGUCAGGUUACAUUCCUUUUGGAACACCCAUCGUUGUUGGUCUUCUCCUGCCAAACCAGACGCUGGCGUCCACUGUUUUUUGGCAGUGGUUGAAUCAGAGCCACAACGCAUGUGUCAACUAUGCAAACCGAAAUGCAACUAAGCCUUCUCCAACAUCCAAGUUCAUCCAGGGCUACUUGGGAGCUGUCAUAAGUGCUGUCUCAAUUGCAGUGGGCCUUAAUGUUCUGGUUCAGAGAGCAAACAAGUUUACGCCAGCCACCCGUCUCCUGAUCCAGAGGUUUGUGCCAUUCCCUGCUGUAGCUAGUGCCAAUGUCUGCAAUGUUGUCCUGAUGAGGCACACAGAGCUGGAAGAAGGGAUUGACGUCCUGGACAGUAACGGAAACAUUGUCGGAUCUUCCAGAAUUGCUGCCAAACAUGCACUGAUAGAGACAGCCCUGACUAGAGUGGUCCUGCCAAUGCCUAUACUGGUUCUACCUCCAAUGAUUAUGUCUAUACUGGAAAAAACGUCUCUCCUGCGAUCCCGUCCCCGGAUGGUUCUCCCAGUGCAAGGCCUUGUGUGCCUCGCGGCCUUCGGCCUGGCUCUUCCCUUGGCCAUCAGUCUCUUUCCACAGAUGUCGGAGGCCUCUGCACACCACUUGUGAGGCCCCUCUCAAUUCCCUGUUCCUUUCCUCCGCCUCCAUUUGUCGUCACUUCC